UGCCUGGAGAUCCACAAGAAGUUAAGGCUACUCCAUUAAAUUCCACCUCGAUUCAUGUCAGCUGGAAGCCGCCAUUGGAAAAAGAUCGGAAUGGUAUCAUUCGUGGCUAUCACAUUCAUGUACAGGAAGUUAGAGAUGAGGGCAAAGGUUUCCUGAAUGAACCCCUGAAAUACGAUGUGGUCGAUGCCUUGGAAUAUAAUGUAACCGAUUUACAACCCGAUACCAAAUAUUCCAUACAAGUGGCUGCCCUGACACGGAAAGGUGAUGGUGAUCGCAGUCCUGCAGUUAUUGUAAAGACCCCUGGAGGUGUACCCGUUCGCCCUACAGUUAGCUUGAAAAUUAUGGAACGUGAUCCCACGGUCUCAAUUGAAUUGGAAUGGGAAAGACCAGCUCAGACCUAUGGCGAGCUACGUGGUUAUCGUUUGAAAUGGGGUAUUAAGGAUCACCCUCUCAAGGAGUUGUUGAUGGGACCACAUGAAACCAAGAAACCCUUUAAGGAUCUUGAACGUGGUGUUGAAUAUGAAUUCCGUGUUGCUGGCAGUAAUCACAUUGGUAUUGGCCAAGAGACCGUCAAAAUCUUCCAGACUCCAGAGGGAGCACCCAGUGGUCCUCCGGCAAAUAUCACGAUACGCUUCCAAACUCCUGAUGUUGUCUGCAUUACCUGGGAGCCACCAAUUCGUGAACAUCGUAAUGGUAUUAUCACCCGUUAUGAUGUCCAGUUCCAUAAGAAGAUUGAUCAUGGACUGGGUUCGGAACGUAAUAUGACCCUGAAUAAAGUGGUGUACACGAACUUGGAGGAGAACACCGAAUAUAUCUUCCGUAUUAGGGCCUACACCAAGCAGGGAGGUGGUCCUUUCAGUGAGAAGAUUUUAAUUGAAACGGAACGGGAUAUGGGUAGAGCACCAAUGUCCGUGCAGGCUGUGGCCACGUCGGAACAAACGGCGGAAAUAUGGUGGGAACCGGUACCAACGCGUAAUAAAUUAUUGGGUUAUAAGAUUUUCUAUACCAUGGCGGCCGUGGAUGAUCUCGAUGAAUGGCAAAGUAAAACUGUGGGCCUCACGGAAUCGGCGGAUUUGGUAAAUUUGGAAAAGUUCGCCCAAUAUACUGUGGCCAUAGCGGCAAGAUUCCAAACCGGCCUAGGGCGUUUAAGCGAAAAGGUCCACGUUAAGAUUAAGCCUGAAGAUGUCCCGCUGAAUUUAAGGGCCCAUGAUGUCACGACUCACUCCAUGACUUUGAGCUGGUCACCACCGAUACGUCUUAAUCCGGUUAGCUAUAAAAUCUCCUAUGAUGCCAUGAAGGUCUUUGUGGACUCUCAAGGUUUUUCACAAACCCAAAUUGUCCAGAAGCGGGAAAUUAUCCUGAAGGCCUAUGCCAAGAGUCAUACUAUCAAUGAGCUGAGCCCCUUUACCACCUAUAAUGUUAAUGUCAGUGCAAUGCCCAGUGAUUAUUCAUAUCGUCCUCCCACAAAGAUCACAGUGACCACGCAGAUGGCUGCCCCACAACCUAUGGUAAAACCGGAUUUCUAUGGUGUCGUCAAUGGGGAAGAAAUUUUGGUAAUUUUGCCACAGGCUUCCGAGGAAUAUGGUCCCAUUUCCCAUUACUAUUUGGUGGUGGUGCCGGAAGAUAAAUCGAAUUUGCAUAAGAAUCCUGAUCAAUUCUUGACGGAAGAUUUAUUGCCGGGUCGAAAUAAGCCAGAACGCCCCAAUGCCCCAUACAUUGCAGCCAAGUUCCCGCAAAGAUCUAUACCCUUCACCUUCCACCUGGGUUCCGGAGAUGAUUAUCAUAAUUUUACAAAUCGUAAAUUGGAACGGGAGAAGCGUUACCGCAUCUUCGUGAGAGCUGUCGUGGAUACACCGCAAAAACAUUUAUAUACCUCAAGUCCAUUUUCGGAAUUCCUCUCCUUGGAUAUGCGUGAAGCUCCUCCGGGUGAACGACCACAUCGUCCUGAUCCCAAUUGGCCAUCGGAACCUGAAGUCUCGGUGAAUCGUAAUAAAGAUGAACCCGGCAUGAUGUGGGUGAUCCUACCCGUCCUGGCUGCCCUGAUAUUGUCCACCACCUUCAUCAUUAUUUACAUUAUCAAGAGGAGGAGACAACCUUGUAAGACUCCCGAUCAGGCAGCUGUCACCCGGCCCUUAAUGGCCGCCGAUUUGGGUGCCGGACCCACACCCAGCGAUCCGGUUGAUAUGCGCCGCCUUAACUUCCAAACCCCAGGCAUGAUUUCCCAUCCACCCAUACCUAUAUCGGAAUUUGCCAAUCACGUAGAACGCCUUAAGGCAAAUGACAAUCAGAAAUUCUCUCAGGAAUAUGAAAGCAUUGAACCCGGUCAGCAAUUCACCUGGGACAACUCCAAUUAUGAAUAUAACAAGCCCAAGAAUCGCUAUGCCAAUGUCACCGCCUAUGAUCAUUCGAGAGUCAUCUUACCCCUCAUGGAUGGGGUGGUGGGUUCGGACUAUAUAAAUGCCAAUUAUUGUGACGGGUAUAGGAAACAUAAUGCCUAUGUGGCCACGCAAGGACCUCUCCAGGACACCAUUUCCGAUUUUUGGCGUAUGUGUUGGGAAUUGAAGACCACCACAAUUGUUAUGAUGACCCGGCUAGAGGAGAGGACACGCAUUAAGUGUGAUCAAUAUUGGCCAACACGGGGCACUGAGACCUAUGGUCAGAUGUUUGUAACCAUCACGGAAACCCAGGAGUUGGCCACCUAUAGUAUCAGGACCUUCCAGUUAUGUCGUCAAGGCUUUAACGAACGCCGUGAACUGAAACAAUUGCAAUUUACAGCCUGGCCGGAUCAUGGAGUACCCGAUCAUCCUGCACCUUUCUUGCAAUUCUUGCGUAGAUGUCGUGCUCUUACUCCACCCGAUUCCGGCCCAGUUGUGGUUCACUGUUCCGCUGGGGUGGGUCGUACCGGCUGCUACAUUGUCAUUGACUCUAUGCUGGAACGUAUGAAACAUGAAAAAAUCGUGGAUAUCUAUGGUCAUGUCACCUGUCUUCGGGCCCAACGUAAUUACAUGGUCCAAACCGAGGAUCAAUACAUUUUCAUACACGAUGCCAUAUUGGAGGCCAUAAUUUGUGGUAAUACUGAGGUCCCAGCCCGCAACUUGCAUACCCAUUUGCAAAAGUUGUUGACCACAGAGCCAGGAGAGAGUAUUACCGGCAUGGAAAUUGAAUUUAAGAAACUCUCCAACGUUAAAGUCGACUCAUCGAAAUUUGUUACGGCCAAUUUACCCUGCAAUAAACAUAAAAAUCGUCUGGUCCAUAUUUUGCCAUACGAGUCAUCACGGGUCUAUCUAACACCCAUACAUGGGGUGGAGGGUAGUGAUUAUAUCAAUGCCAGUUUUAUUGAAGGUUAUCGUUAUCGUUCGGCAUAUAUUGCGGCACAGGGCCCCCUGCAGGAUACCGCAGAAGAUUUCUGGCGCAUGCUAUGGGAACAUAACUCGACUAUUGUGGUGAUGCUUACGAAACUCAAGGAAAUGGGAAGGGAAAAAUGCUAUCAAUAUUGGCCUCAUGAACGUUCGGUACGCUAUCAAUACUACGUCGUGGACCCGAUUGCUGAAUAUAAUAUGCCGCAAUAUAAACUAAGGGAAUUUAAGGUCACCGAUGCCCGUGACGGUUCAUCGCGUACUGUACGCCAAUUCCAGUUUAUCGAUUGGCCCGAACAGGGUGUACCCAAGUCGGGUGAAGGUUUUAUCGAUUUCAUUGGUCAGGUGCACAAGACCAAGGAACAAUUUGGCCAAGAUGGCCCAAUAACUGUGCACUGUAGCGCUGGAGUGGGACGUACUGGAGUAUUUAUUACCCUAAGCAUUGUCCUCGAACGUAUGCAAUAUGAAGGUGUACUCGAUGUCUUUCAAACUGUACGCAUACUGCGAGCUCAACGACCAGCCAUGGUUCAGACAGAGGAUCAAUAUCAUUUUUGUUAUCGCGCAGCAUUGGAGUACUUGGGUUCGUUCGAUAACUAUACCAAUUAGUUGCCAUUGCAGAUGGUGUCUGUAUAACAGAUU